AUGGCUUCAGUCGCGGUACCAAGAGAUCUCGUCGUAGAGAAGGCACAGCCCUCACCCACGCCCUCUCUUCCCUCUUCCUCACAUGGAUCACCUCAAUCUCGCCCUACAACUUCAAAUAUGAGCGCCAUCACAAGUACCGAAAACCUAAGUAUGAAUGGAACUCUUACGCCACCUCCUCCGGUUGUUCUCAAGACGGCACCUAUGCCCACCACUGCUGAGAAGCCCUCGAUGACGAAACGUUUGACAAGAAUGUUCUCUACGAAGGAUCCAACGAGGUCGGAAAGUAGCAUCUCAUCUAGUGCAGCAUCUGCCUCUUCGACCCCAAAGCCUGCAGAUGGUGCCACAUCCCCAUCAUCGUCGAGGCCUGGCUCUCUAUCUCGAAAGACUUCCUCACAAGAAAAGAAGAACCCCUCCGAUAAACCUAGUACAGCAUCUACGACGAGGGAUAAAAAUAGUUCGACAAAGGACAAAAAGGCACCCGCAAACCAUCAACGAUUCCUUACUAUGCCUGAUGUGCAAGGCGGUCAUGAGCAUCAUCUGAAGAGUGCCAAGAGACAAGAGAAACUUGGGGAAAUGCUGCGAGGUUUGAUUAGCGGGAAGGCGAAACAAUCCGAGGCCCAUGAAGGCGAACAGCAACUCUCACUAAUGUCAAACUGGGUGGAUCAGCUAAAGCGUGAGAAAGAAUCCCUGGCCACAGAAAAGAAGGGUGGACCCAACGCGACGGCCACAUUGGUAGAUAAAUAUGGAAAAUGUAAUGAAGUUAUUGGCCGUGGUGCUUUCGGCAUUGUUAGGAUAUCUCACAAAAGAUCUGAGCAGGGAACAGAGCAACUCUAUGCUGUGAAGGAAUUCCGAAGAAGACCCGAAGAGAAUGAAAGAAAAUACAGCAAAAGGCUUACUUCCGAGUUCUGUAUAUCUUCCUCAUUACGACACCCUAACGUUAUUCACACUCUCGACCUCCUCCAAGACUCGAAAGGGGACUACUGUGAGGUUAUGGAGUUUUGCGCAGGUGGCGAUCUUUACACUUUAGUUCUCGCAGCGGGAAAGCUCGAAGUGGUAGAAGCGGAUUGCUACUUUAAACAGAUGAUGCGUGGCGUCGAAUAUAUGCAUGAGAUGGGAGUUGCUCAUCGAGAUUUAAAACCUGAGAAUCUUCUUUUGACUACACACGGCUCUUUGAAAAUAACAGAUUUUGGGAAUGGCGAAUGCUUCCGAAUGGCGUGGGAAAAGGACGCACACAUGGUAACUGGGCUUUGUGGUUCCGCUCCUUAUAUCGCUCCCGAAGAGUACAUUGACAAAGAAUUCGACGCAAGAGCUGUCGACGUUUGGGCAACAGGUGUGAUUUACAUGGCAAUGCGUACAGGUCGUCACCUGUGGAGAGUCGCGAAGAGAGAUGAGGAUGAGUUUUAUGAGAAGUAUUUAGAAGGUCGCAGGGAUGAGGAGGGAUACGCUCCCAUCGAGUCGUUACAUCGGGCACGCUGUCGUAAUGUUAUCUAUUCGAUACUUGAUCCUAAUCCUCAUCGUCGUAUCACGGCUUCGCAAGUUCUCAAGUCCGAAUGGGGCCGUGAAAUAAAACUUUGCCAAGCUGGUGAGGAAGGGCUCUGA